AUGGUGUCGACAAACGGGGUUCGACAUCGAAGCAGCAGAACCGAAACAGAUGUCGGGCUGGACGUGGACCGAAAUAAAGAAAAUACCUUGGAUAAGCGAUCUCUUGAUUCCGAAUCGACUCGCAAGCCGCGCAAGAAGAGGAAAACGUACAGCUGCAAUAUAUGUCGCAAAUUCAAGACGCGAUGUGAUUUCGAACCGCUGUUAGGACGCUGUCACCGAUGCAACGUGUUGAACUUGAGUUGUUCGCUCACCGGCGAUCGACGGGAAGAAAUUAUGGGUUUAGUAGAGGGCUCUUCGGAACCACAACUUUCAACUUUCAAAUCGGAUUCACAUGAAAAAGACACCGCUCCAAAGGCGUCAUCCUGUCCGCAACCCAAUGUGACGACUUUCAACAAUAGGCUGAAUAAGCUGGAGGCCAAUUUGGCCAGUCUUAAUAGCAAGCUGGAUUUGCUAGUAAUGUUGGCGCAAGGCCCAAAAUCUGUCGCUGAGACAGACUUGAAUGGUAAUAAUGAAUCGAACAUUGCUCAAAAGCCGCACACCUAUUUGGGAAGCCGGCCGCCUUCAAGGAAUGGCGGUCAUCACGUCAAAUUGAGUGAUCAGGACGAGCAAAACGAAGAGGCUUUGUCCACACCGGGAAGCAGGGAUUAUUCUCAUUCAUUUUUCACCAAUCUCCACAAAGUAGACUUGAACGGUCUCAAAUUGCAAGAACCACCUUUAAAACUUAUAAGCGAUAUCGAUGAGCGGCUUUUUCCAACGAAGGCACAAUCAAAAAAGGACAAAGCUGCCAAAACACAAAGACCAUUUGUUGUUGCCAGAACUAAUUUUCUCAACUUCUUCAAUGAGCAUGAGAAAAUGUGCCUAUAUCUAUCCCGCGAUUUUCUUGAGAAAUCGCACUUCUGGAUCAUACCAGGCGGUGUUAAAGAAAUUGAUCGAGCCUACGUCGAGAAGCAUUUGUUUAUUUCCAGCGUUUUUGCCAUUAUCGCUAUGGGCUUCGAGGAGAACGGAAAAUACGAGGAAGAGCAAGAAGUUAUGUAUCCUCUAGUUGAACGGCUCCUGACCAACACUCUCACAAUGUUUGAGAGACUGACAGACCACGAUAUUGAAGCUAUUCUUUAUUGCAGCAUGUUCAACGUGUCGCGAAAGUCGAAAAGGCAUCGUCAAAUGAAGUUCAAUUCUUUGGUACUAACAAACUUCGCUAUAAGCAGUCUCUUGAACAUUAUUGAUUUUCACAAGAUUAAGGAGAGGGUUAUUGUGGAUGAGGAGUAUGACGCGUUAGACAUAUAUCAUCUUAGAAUCCUGAAUUCUUUGACAGCUUGCCGACUGCAAUAUUCUAUUGGCUUUGGAAGUUUUCUGGUGCCCGACGAAGUCUUAGACGACUUCAAUAGCUUGACAGCUCGGUUUCCGCAAGCAAACUUUGGAGACGAUAUCAAAAUAAGCGAGAUAAAUUUGAGUGAAAUUGUUAACAACAUAUUUCUCAAUUUUAAGUCAUACUUCAAAAGGUUCUCCGAUGCUUUUGCAGCGCGGCAAGAAAGAUCAAAACAGGUAAAGGAUCACUCAAAAAGAAAGAAUUGCUCCCUGACGUUCCCAGAGUUAGAGCACUGGCUCAAAGAUUGGGAUGAGUUAUUAUCGCAGGACGGAGGAGGAGUUCUGUUGUUCGCAUUCAAUUACUAUUACAUCAUGAUAUGUCGAUCAUUUGUGACCGAGUUCUACGAAGAAUACGAGAACGAUCCACUUUUAUUUGGAUCUAUUCUGGAAACCAUGAAAACCUACUGCUUCACACUUUUGGAUGGAUUUCUAAAGCUACCUUCUUCACUUAUCAAAGGUGCGCCGGUGAUAACGGUAUACCAACUUGUGUAUGCCUGCUUGACACUGUGCGAUUUUCUACACUAUUUUGAUGCUUCUGAGAGAGAACAAAUUCUCAAUCUCUGCACUAAGAUUUACUGGCAUUUGCACACCAUCGGCGAAAAGCUCAAUGAAGCUACAGAAAACGUUGGAAAAAUAAUAAAAUCUUUAAUCGAAACCGGGAAAAGAAAGGUUUAUGACGGAAAUGAUGUCCUGGCUUUCACACACCAUGCUGGGUCACAAGGGUCGCGCUCGUUUGCUCUACCGGGCGUUCAUAACAAUCAGGAAUCGCCGCAAAGUGUUAUGUCCACAACAUCUCACGCGAGCGGGACAGAAAGCAAUGCUGCGGGCAGCUUUAAUAUGCCCGACGUUGACCAGUUCAGCUCUUUCGAGGAUUUUUUUCAAGACUUUUUCGAAAACCUGAAGCCAACAACGCAAAACAUUUUUUCCUCUUUAAGACCGGAAUCGCGCUGA